AAGUUGCGGUCGUUAACGUAAACAAAGCCCCAGCCGCUCCAUAGGCCAAGUGACGCAGCAAACACGAAACUCCCUUAAUCCAUUUGAUUCUCAUUCUCAAACCGGGGAGUGAGCCGCCGGCCCGUUGCCAUGGUAAAGACGAGCAGUGGGUGGCACCCGAAUCGGCCGUCCACACCUUACGUAAGAGUCCUCCCCUGUAUUCUCUCCCGCCCCCAAGCUCGUAAUUCCCAGGAACACCCAGAAACAUCCCGAAAGUUCUGAAGCGGGGCGGGACGUCUGCGAUCAUUGGUUGGAGUUGUUUUGGGGGCGGGCCUGAGCGCCUAGAGGCCUCAUCCAGGGCGAGAAAUCCCUGGAAAAUUCUUGAACGGGAGGGGGAAAGGGAGGGGCACACCGCCCCAUGAGCGCUGUGAUUGGCUGAGACAUGCGAAAAGGUGGGUCCUUAGGAGAAUAUAUAAAUACUGAGCCCUGCAGCGGCUUCUGACAGCUUGCGAACUGGAGAAACUGCGCCACAGAAGUUUCUGAUUUCUCACGGGAGAUCGCGACUCCAAGACGCCCGCGACACAGGCAGAAUCGUAGCCUCCUGGAAGAUCCCGAGUUAAGGAGCGUUCUUCCGGGUCUCCUGCGCUCCGGCAACAGGAACAGGUUGUGUGCGUGCCGUGCCUGCGGUUUCCUGGGCUGAGCUUCAGAACCAGAGUUCCGGAGAAAUUCCCAAGAUGUCGUCUGCCAAAGCUACCGCCAUUGGCAUCGACCUGGGCACCACCUACUCUUGCGUGGGGGUGUUCCAGCAUGGCAAGGUGGAGAUCAUUGCCAAUGACCAGGGCAACCGCACCACUCCCAGCUAUGUGGCCUUCACAGACACAGAGAGACUUAUUGGGGAUGCGGCCAAAAACCAGGUGGCCAUGAACCCCCAGAACACAGUCUUUGAUGCCAAAAGGCUAAUUGGCCGCAAAUUUGGAGAUUCGGUGGUGCAGUCUGAUAUGAAGCACUGGCCCUUCCAGGUGAUAAAUGAUGGGGGCAAGCCUAAAGUUCAAGUGUCCUACAAAGGUGAGAACAAGGCCUUCUACCCUGAAGAGAUCUCCUCCAUGGUGUUGACCAAGAUGAAGGAGACUGCCGAGGCCUACUUGGGCUACUCCAUCACCAAUGCUGUCAUCACUGUCCCUGCCUAUUUUAAUGACUCUCAACGCCAGGCCACCAAGGAUGCUGGGGUGAUUGCUGGCCUCAAUGUGCUGAGAAUCAUCAAUGAACCUACAGCAGCUGCCAUUGCUUAUGGCCUGGACCGGUCUGGUAAGGGUGAAAGAAAUGUCCUCAUUUUUGACCUGGGUGGGGGCACUUUUGAUGUCUCCAUUCUCACCAUUGAUGAUGGGAUUUUUGAGGUGAAAGCCACUGCUGGAGACACCCACCUGGGUGGGGAGGACUUUGAUAACCGAAUGGUGAACCACUUCGUUGAGGAAUUCAAGCGAAAACAUAAGAAGGAUAUCAGCCAGAACAAGCGUGCUGUGAGAAGACUUCGAACAGCCUGUGAGAGAGCUAAGAGAACCCUGUCUUCUAGCACUCAAGCCAGCCUGGAAAUUGAUUCAUUGUUUGAGGGUAUUGACUUCUACACAUCCAUUACCCGUGCUAGGUUUGAAGAAUUGUGCUCAGAUCUGUUCCGGGGGACCCUGGAGCCUGUAGAGAAAGCCCUGAGAGAUGCCAAGAUGGACAAGGCUCAGAUCCAUGACAUUGUCCUUGUGGGUGGCUCUACCAGAAUCCCCAAGGUGCAGAAACUACUGCAAGAUUUCUUCAAUGGCAGAGACCUGAACAAGAGUAUCAACCCUGAUGAGGCUGUGGCCUAUGGAGCAGCAGUGCAGGCAGCCAUUCUGAUGGGUGACAAAUCAGAGAAAGUGCAGGACCUGUUGCUGCUGGAUGUGGCACCACUUUCCCUGGGGCUGGAGACAGCAGGAGGUGUGAUGACAGCACUGAUCAAACGCAACUCCACCAUCCCCACCAAGCAGACCCAGAUUUUCACCACCUAUUCUGACAACCAGCCAGGUGUCCUGAUCCAGGUGUAUGAAGGAGAACGGGCCAUGACCAAAGACAACAACCUCCUGGGUCGUUUUGACCUGAGUGGCAUCCCUCCUGCUCCUCGAGGUGUCCCCCAGAUUGAGGUGACCUUUGACAUUGAUGCCAAUGGAAUUCUCAAUGUCACAGCUGUGGAUAAGAGCACAGGCAAAGCCAACAAGAUCACCAUCACCAAUGAUAAAGGGCGCCUGAGCAAGGAAGAAGUGGAAAGAAUGGUACAAGAUGCAGAGAAGUAUAAAGCUGAGGAUGAGGCCCAGAGGGAGAAAGUUUCUGCCAAGAAUGCUCUGGAAUCUUAUGCUUUCAACAUGAAAAGUGCAGUGGAAGAUGAAGGCCUGAAGGGCAAGAUUAGUGAGGAAGACAAGAGAAAGGUGCUGGAGAAAUGCCAGGAGGCUAUUUCUUGGCUUGAUGCCAACCAGCUGGCUGAGAAAGAAGAGUUUGAGCAUAAGAGGAAGGAGUUGGAGCAGGUGUGUAACCCUAUCAUUACAGGUCUUUACCAGGGAGCUGGGGGUCCCCCUGGGGGAAGUUGUGGGCCUCAGUCUCAGCAUUCAAGCUCUGGAACAGGCCCCACUAUUGAAGAGGUGGACUAAAUGUACUCUUUCUUCCACCACUGGACUAUGUCACACUUCUGAGAUUCUAGGAAUUUGGGGAAUUUUUGCUUUCAUUUCGAUUUUCCUCCUUUAAUAUAUAUAAUAUAUAAUCAUUAUGAAAUAUAAUUAUAGCCCUCUGUUCUUUUAAUAAGUGUUUCAUUUUUUCUUGUCCCUUUCCCAAACUCAGGAGUGAAUCAACACUGCCUCCUCUGUUUGUCUUGCUGUGUAGUGCACUUGUUCAUAACAAAUAUUUUCUAUUUUUAUUUUCAGUAGUUAAUGGCUUAGAACACUGGAAAAAUAAACUAUCAAAAUGAA